AUUUUGUUUUAAAUAAUUCGCGCGUUAAAAUAUCACUGGUUACACGUGAAUGAAUACAAAUAGAUAGAUGGCGUUGAGGAUUGUGUUUUUUCUGGAUAUACUUGAAUGUACUUAUAUUCUUGAACUAAUACUAUAGUCAAAAAUCAAAAAUUAGAAAAGAGAUAAUUGGAAACAAGGCAUUUUUUUAAUGAUAAAACGUGGAAUUGUCAUUUAAAAGUAUUGUAAAAUGACUCGUAUAAUAUUUUUGCAUCCAGAUCUUGGAAUUGGUGGAGCCGAAAGAUUAGUUGUUGAUGCUGCUUUAGCUUUAAAGAAAAAUGGUCACGAUGUUUCUUUCGUGACAACUCAUCAUGAUCCGGAUCACUGUUUUCUUGAAACAAAAGAUGGUACGAUUCCCGUUACAGUUGUUGGUAAUUGGCUACCAAGACAUAUUUUAGGCAAAUUUUUUGCAUUAUGUGCUUAUAUUCGAAUGGUAUAUGCUGCAACUUAUAUAUUAUUUUUAAAAAACCGUCCAGAAUUAGUAUUUUGUGAUUUAAUUUCAGUAUGUAUUCCUAUUCUUCGACUACGCAUUCCUCAUAUCAUAUUUUAUUGUCACCAUCCAGAUCAAUUACUUUCUAUGCCUGGAGGUUGUUGUAAAGCUUUAUAUCGUCUUCCUCUUAAUUAUUUAGAAAAAAUUACAACUGGAAUGGCUCAUAAAAUUUUUGUAAAUAGUAUAUAUACUCGUAAUGUAUUCAAAUCUACAUUUGAGAGUUUAUGUAUCGAACCAGAAGUUCUAUAUCCUUCCAUUAAUACAGACUUCUUUGAUAAAACAAGAAUAAUAGUAUUAGAAAGAGUAUUGAACAAAAAAUUGCCAGAUGAUAGCAUUAUACUUUUAUCUAUUAAUAGAUAUGAGAGAAAAAAAGAUUUAUCUCUUGCAAUAGAAACACUUGUCUAUUUGAAAGAUUCUUUAACAGAACAAGAAUACAAACGAUUAUAUUUAAUUAUGGCCGGUGGAUACGAUAAACGAGUUGAAGAAAAUGUUGAAUAUUACUUGGAAUUAAUAGAACUUUCUGACGAAUUACGCCUUACAGAUAAAGUAAUUUUCUUACGUUCUCCAUCAGAUAUUUAUAAAGUUUCUCUUUUAAAACACUGUGAUAUUUUGAUAUACACACCACGCAAUGAACAUUUUGGUAUAGUUCCAUUAGAAGCUAUGUACAUUGGAAAACCUGUAAUUGCCCAUAAUUCUGGUGGUCCAAAGGAAUCAGUUAUUGACAAAGUUACUGGAUAUUUAGCUAAUGGUUCUAGCGAAGAAUUUGCUAAAAAGAUUAAAUUAUUAAUAAAAGAUCCAUCGCUUAUAGAAACGUUUGGUAAAGCUGGCAAAAAACGAUUUCUUGCAACAUUUAGUUUUACAGCAUUUAGUAAUCAAUUAAAUAAAGCAGUAGAUGAGCUAAUUAAUUUUAAGAAAGAUUAAUUUAAUUAACUAUUAUCUAGUACUUUUUUUUAAUAAUACAUUAUUUAUUAUGCUUAUAAAAUAAAAUAUACAUAUAAUGCAUUUAUAAAA